CUGUUGCAACGUGCAGUUUUACUGAACUGCGAUAAUGUCAUGGAAUGAGGAUGUGGCGUACGCUUUUACCCCCUACAAGAUCUUAACUCUGCCAUUAGGCGUUUGGCCCUUGCAAAAAUAUGAUACAUUUUCUACAGUUCGUUGUAUCGCGUGUAUCUCCAGUUUGAGCGCGAUGAUGAUCGUAUUGUUCCUCGAAAUAAUUUUCGGUAACAGCGAGGCAUAUAUAAAACUUGAUGCUCUUAUGAUUAUGUUCUGCAACGUUCUCUCUGUGCUAAAGCUAUCGUCCUUCCGCUUAUACGCCGACAAUCUGACUCGCAAUUUCUCUUCUGCCGUAAACGAUUAUCUCGCAAUCGACACCGAGGAGAAGCGCACGAUCAUGCGGCGACAUGCUUAUAUGGGAAGAUUGAUAUGUUACAGUAUCAUAUCUCUCGCUUAUUUGGCUUCAUCAAUUUUCGUGCUGACGCCUAUGAUAGCAGGCGAUAAGGACGUGCAAGCUAAUGCAUCUAUCGAAACUCAAGCAUCGAAAUUACCUGUGCCUUUACCAUGGACCUUAGGGGACUUACAUAUCUCUACUAAUUUAUUCUUGCUGAUCUCUAUGGUGCAGUAUAUUCUAUUGGUGCUUAAUAGCACUAGCGAUUGUGGCGGUGAUUCACUUUUUCUUGCAAUCACCCUUCAUGUUUGCGGGCAAAUAGAACUCCUAAAAAUCGAGUUUACGAACUAUUAUAUAAAAGACAAGAGUAUAACUGACGAAUUUUCAAAAUUGACGUCCAGACAUCGUAAUCUAAUAGAGUAUGCGAAACUUCUGGAUGAUGUAACAAGUUUCGUUUUGCUGGUACAAAUGCUGUUCAGUUGCCUUAUUAUUUGCUUGAUUGGUUUCCAACUUAUUAUAGCAUUGAAAACGCAUGAUGUUGUGAUGAUUACUAAAUCUAUAACAGUGUUGAUCGCUCUGCUGUUACAACUGUUCUUCUAUAGUUUCGUGGGCGAUUAUCUCAAGUGUCAAAUGGAAGAAGUCGCGGGCGCGAUCUACGCCAGCAAUUGGCACUGUUUGCCGAUGAAAGUAAUGAGAAACGUUUUAUUUGUCAUUAUGCGGUCGCAGCAACCUGUUCAAAUGUUAGCUGGAAGAUUUUUUGUUGUAAACAUCAAGACUUUCAUGGCCAUAUUAAGAAGUUCCCUUUCGUAUCUAUCUGUUUUACGAGUGAUGAUGGAGACGUAAGAUGCGGAUAAUUAUAUAUGCGGAUAAUUAUAGUAUUAUGUGGAAAACUCGAAAAGAAAUACCAUAAGCAAUGCCAUUUUGUACGUACAUUGUUCUUAACGCACGGCACCGGCGCUGAAUUGGAUUGAAUAAAUAAAUUAAAAUAAAUAAAAUAUCAUUUCAUGACAUCACUAAACAUUGCGCAUCACUGUAACACUUCUCUGUAUCAUCUCUUCACUGUCACACAUCAAAUCGCUGUAACAUUUCUUCAAAACAUUCUUUAACCACGCGCUGUAACUCGCAACUAUGAAAAUGCGAUUGUUGCAUGUUGCAUAUAUAAUUUUGUAAGUAAGUAAAAUAUUAGCAAUAUGCUGACAAUGUGCUAGCAGAUUUGAAUAGAAUAUUGCAGCACAUUAUAACCAACUGCGCUUGCAGCAAACUAACAGAUUUUGUCAAUAUAAUUCGACAACAAGUUGCUAUCAGAAAUCGAGUAGAAUUACUUCUGUGAGAAAACCCAGUGAAACUUUGCUAAUGUUUAUAACAAUAUAUUGAAAGGUCUAAUUUGGGAUUAUACGCGCGUGAUUGGGAUUUAAUUGGGAUCUUAUCAAUUUCGCACAUGUGCGAGAAUAUACAUAU